AUGGCACGCUCACAGCCCUUUGAGAACCUGAAGAGGUACUUUGGCGAUGUCCUUUCUGGGUGGGAGCCCCCGUAUUGGAUCCGCGUCGACGGACUCCCCAGCAAUGCCGACUUGCCCUCUUUCUUCGAGAUCGUGCAGCACGGCGGCGACACCGAGACGCUCUGGCCCAGCAUGCGGCUGAUAAAGGCGGCCAAGCUCUGCAGGCUCGACAGCAACCUCACGGGCAUCGACAAAUCCAAGCUGGUCACCGUGAAAACGGACGGCCGCUACCACCUGUUCGGCAGGAAAAGGCACCGGGCCUGCCGAUUCGAGAUCGCCGUUGUCGUCGCUCCUGCGGACCUCAAGUUCGAGACCCAGGUCAAAGGCGAGCGCUUCUCGAAAAAACCACAAGUCGCUGACGGUGAAGUGUGA